UUGGCCAAAGCGGCGCUUGAUUUCCAUUGCAGUCAGGUCGCACCGCCUCCAGCGCCGAUCCCUUUCUCUCUUUCUCUCUCCUCGCCUCAUCGCCACAGCCGCUUCCGUCUCUGCGCCGCCGAUUGCAUCGCGGUGCCUCGUCUAGGCUUACGUUCCGUCCCUAAAUACCGUCGACUGAUCGAUCGGGCCGCCCCCGCUUCUCCGUACGCCACCAAACCCUCCGAGGACGGAUCUUGCUAUUUUUUCAGGACAGCAUCCAAGUCGAGAGAACUUCUGAUUGGUUCCUUGAUUGGGAGGAUUCUUAGAUUAGAUCGUGUUCUGAAGCAGUAAAGUAAUUGAAAAAAGGAAAUCAUGGCUGACUGGGAAGAAGAAGAUUUUGAUCCAGCACCACCAAGCCUACUAAUUAAUAAGCCAAAGAACCAAUGGGAUGAUGAGGACGUAGACGAUGAAAAUGUCAAAGAAUCUUGGGAUGAUGAGGAAGAACCAGUCCAGCAGGAAACUAAGCCUCAGCAAGAGGUAGAAGUUACUGCAACAAAGACGGGUGGCAAAGGUGCCACGAAGAAAGACAAACAGCCAGAAGCCAAGAAAGUUGAAAUAACUAAUGAUGUGCUAGCAGAUCCUGUUGCUGAGAAACUUCGCCAACAAAGGCUAGUCGAAGAGGCUGAUUAUAAAUCAACUGCUGAGCUAUUUGCCAAGAAAGGUGAUGAGAGAAGUCUUGAUAACUUUAUUCCCAAAUCAGAGAAUGACUUCUUGGAGUAUGCUGAGCUCCUUUCCCACAAAAUUCGUCCCUAUGAGAAAAGCUUCCAUUACCUAGGCCUUCUCAAAGACGUUAUAAGACUGUCUAUGACUUCAUUAAAAGCAGCAGACGCAAAAGAAAUCUCUUCCUCGAUAACAGCAAUUGCAAAUGAGAAGCUCAAGGCAGAGAAGGAAGCUAAUGCUGGGAAGAAGAAACAAGGUGCAAAGAAAAAACAACUUCACAUAGGCAGGGCUGAGGAUGACUAUGACACUACCGGUGGGUAUGAUAAUGCCGACGAUUAUGACUUCAUGUGACUACUUGAGUUGGUUUUCUUGUGUUAUUUACCAUUACGUUAUGAAGAGUAAUUAUUACGGCGUUGCAGAAGUACGUGACAUUUUCUUAGCGAGUCUGUCAUUUUUGAGAUAAUGUCUCACUUAUAUAGGGGUAUUUGAGAGGUGUUUGUUUUAUUCUAUUGUGAUUGCAUUGUGUUGGAUAUUGUAUUAUUUUACGUCACAACAGAUUUUGCAUUUGAUGCGGGUAAGAACUUUUUGCAGAAUUUGGUUGAAUGUAACAUGUUAUAAUGAGUUGGGCUCAUGAUUUGCUUCUAACAUGAAAAA